GUUGAGUGGUGAACUGUGUGGGCUUCCUUUUACUUGGAGAUCAUGCAGAGAGCUACACGUCUGAAGAGGGAGCUGCAUCUGUUAGCCACAGAGCCACCCCCAGGCAUCACAUGCUGGCAGGAUAAGGACCAGUUGGAUGACCUGCAAGCUCAAAUAUUAGGUGGGGCGAACACACCUUAUGCAAAGGGUGUUUUCAAGCUGGAAGUGAUCAUUCCUGAAAGGUACCCAUUUGAACCUCCAAAGAUCCGAUUUCUGACUCCAAUCUAUCACCCCAACAUUGAUUCUGCAGGAAGGAUUUGCCUCGAUAUACUCAAACUACCACCAAAAGGUGCCUGGCGACCUUCCCUCAACAUCGCAACUGUAUUGACUUCAAUUCAGCUGCUUAUGUCUGAACCCAACCCUGAUGACCCACUCAUGGCUGACAUCUCCUCCGAAUAUAAAUAUAAUAAGCCAGUCUUCCUGGAGAAUGCCAGACAAUGGACAGAGAAACAUGCCAGGCAGAAACCAAAGAUUGACGAGGAAGAGAUACCAGGUAAUCUGCCAGAGGCCAGCGACCCAGAAGCAUACAACACGGCACAGAAAAGGAGAGCCAGGCCACUGGGAGGAAUAGAGAAGAAAUUCCACCCUUAG